UGAGGGAUUAAUGAGUAGUUUAAUAGGAACCAUGAAAAUUGUCAAGUAAUAUUGUCCUUUAUGGAAAGUUGGAGGGGACAAAUAGAAGAAACAAAUAAGCUACUCCCACUUUAUCAUCUACUAUCUAUGCAUACUAGUCAAUCUAUCAUCUACUGGUUCAGUAAUGGCUCCUACAACUCCAAAACUAGUAGUUCCCAUUGACCUGACAAAGAAGCCAUGGGAGCAGAAGGUACCUCUUCACAACCGUUAUCACCCAGAUAUCCCCCCUGUUGCAGAUGUUACAGAAGGUGAGGUGUUCAGAGUUGAGAUGGUAGACUGUAGAGGAGGAGCCGUUGGAGACAAUGACACUGCCCUUGAUUUAAAUGCCACAGAUCUCUUUGCUGUGCACUAUCUUAGCGGACCCAUUCGAGUAUUGGACAAAGAGGGCAUGCCGGCUAAGCCAGGUGAUCUUCUUGCAGUUGAAAUCUGCAACUUGGGUCCUCUCCCUGGAUCUGAAUGGGGUUAUACAGCAUCGCAUGAUAGAGAACAUGGGGGUAGUUUUCUGACUGAUCAUUUCCCUGAUGCAACUAAAGCUAUUUGGUAUUUUGAAGGGAUAUAUGCCUACUCACCUCAAAUACCAGGUGUGCGAUUUCCUGGUUUACUUCAUCCUGGAGUUAUUGGCACUGCACCAUCAAUGGAACUCCUAAACAUAUGGAAUGACAGGGAAAGAGAACUUGUAGAAAAUGGUCAUAAGUCUAUGACAUUGACUGAGGCCUUGCACCAACGACCAUUUGCAUUGUUGCCAACACCAGAAAGCUGUUUUCUUGGAAAGAUUGAAGAGGGAACACCUGAAUGGGAAAGAAUUGCAAGGGAGGGUGCAAGGACAGUUCCUGGAAGAGAAAAUGGAGGAAAUUGUGAUAUCAAGAAUCUCAGCACAGGUUCAAAAAUAUACCUUCCAGUAUUUGUUGAUGGAGCAAAUCUUAGCACGGGUGACAUGCAUUUCUCUCAGGGUGAUGGUGAAGUUUCAUUCUGUGGAGCAAUAGAGAUUAAUGGAUUUCUAGAGCUCAAAUGUGAAAUCAUAAGGAAUGGAAUGGGAGAGUACCUCACACCGAUGGGUCCAACUCCUCUACACGUAAGCCCAAUCUUUGAGAUUGGCCCGAUUGAACCAAGAUUCUCAGAAUGGUUGGUAUUUGAAGGUAUCAGUGUAGAUGAGAGUGGAAGGCAACAUUAUCUUGAUGCAAGUAUUGCAUUCAAGCGUGCAGUACUCAAUGCCAUUGACUAUAUAUCUAAAUUCGGAUACUCUAAAGAACAGGUCUAUCUUUUGCUAUCAGCUUGCCCUUGCGAAGCAAGAAUUUCAGGAAUAGUUGAUGCUCCCAAUGCAUGUGUAACUCUUGCAGUUCCAACAGCUAUAUUUGACCAGGAUAUACGCCCGAAAGCUGGAGUGGGACCCAGGGUGAUGAGGAAACCAGAUGUUAUGAAAUGCCCUUAUAAUGGAAAGUUUCCCAUGACAAAGAACACCAGUGCCAGUACUUCAUCGUAAUCAGAGGAACCA